GGUGGGGUCACCGCUGCGAGACCCUGUCAUUUAAAUUUUGGUUUUAGUGUAAAUCUCUAUCCAAGCGAGCACUCUUUCCCAAAGUAUCGAGGCUUGGAGUUUUGAAGAUGCCGCUCCGCUGGGGCAUCGUGUCUGCUGGCCUUAUCUCCAACGACUUUACGACUGUGCUGAAUUCGCUGCCCAGCUCCGACCACCAGGUGGUGGCGAUAGCAGCCCGCGAGCUGAGCCGGGCGCAGGAGUUUGCACGGAAACACUGCGUCCCCAGGGCCUAUGGCUCCUAUGAGGAGCUAGCCCAGGACCCGGACGUGGAGGUAGCCUACAUUGGCACCCAGCACCCUCAGCACAAGGCUGCGGUGCUUAUGUGUCUGGCGGCGGGCAAGGCUGUUCUAUGUGAGAAACCCAUGGGCGUGAAUGCCGCAGAAGUUCGAGAGAUGGUGGCAGAGGCACGAUCGCGUGGUCUCUUCCUUAUGGAGGGCAUCUGGACCCGCUGUUUUCCUGCCACAGAGGAACUGAAGUCGGUUUUGGGUCAGGGAACAGUGGGGGACGUUCGGAUGGCUCGGGCAGAGAUGGGGUUAAAAUUGUCCCUGGCCCGGAGCACAGACUGGGCACAGGCCGGCGGGGCGCUGCUGGACGUUGGCAUCUACUGUGUCCAGUUCAUCUCCAUGGUCUUCGGCGGGCAGAGGCCAGAGAAGAUUUUGGCUGUGGGAAGGAUCCAUGAGACAGGCGUGGAUGACACAGUCACCGUGCUGCUUCAGUACCCGGGUGGCGUCCACGGCAGCUUCACCUGCAGCAUCAGCAGCCAGCUCAGCAACACCGCCUCCGUGAGUGGCACCAAGGGCAGAGCUGAGGUUAGCCCCACCUGGGCUCCCAUGGAGCUGGUAGUGAAUGGUGAGCGGAAGAAGUUCGUACAGUGCCUCAGCUCGAAGACCUACAAUUUUACCCAUUCGGUCAACAUGCAUUUUGAGGCCAUGCAUGUCCGCGAGUGCUUGCGCAAGGGUAAGGGCCUGAAGGAGAGUCCUGUGAUUCCGCUGACUGAGAGUGAGCUCUUGGCUGACAUCCUGGACGAGGUGAGGAAAGUCAUUGGAGUCAGCUUCCCCCAAGACAAACGUUGAUGCCAAUUUGAAUGAACCAAGACUCAACUGGGGAUGGUGGCACAUGCCGGUAAUCCCUGCACUCCUGAGGCUGAGGCAGGAGGAUCUGCAGAAGUUCAAGGCCAGCCUGAGUUAUAAACACCCUGUCCCCAAAACAAAAAUAAAACCAAAUAAACAAAA